UGUGAAGAUGCGUAGGUUUGCCUACUGUAAGGUGAUCCUGGCUACUUCGCUGGUCUGGGUCAUGUUGGACAUGUUCAUUCUCCUUUACUUCAGCGAAUGCAACAAGUGUGAUGACAAGAAGGAGAGAGGACUGCCAGGGAGGGAUGAGGUGGUACCGAGGCCUCAUGAUGGGCCAGGUGAAAUGGGGAAGCCAGUAGUGAUCCCCAAAGAGCAGCAGGAGAAGAUGAAAGAGAUGUUUAAGAUCAACCAGUUCAACCUGAUGGCCAGCGAGAUGAUCGCUCUCAACCGGACCCUGCCCGACGUCCGGCUCGAAGGGUGUAAGACGAAGGUGUAUCCGGAUGAUCUGCCUCGCACCAGCGUUGUCAUCGUGUUCCAUAAUGAGGCCUGGACGACUCUCCUCCGGACAGUGCACAGUGUUGUGCAGCGCUCACCACGCAACCUGCUGGAGGAGGUGGUGCUAGUGGAUGACGCCAGCGAGAGAGACUUCCUGAAGCGGCCACUGGAGCAGUAUGUGCGGAGGAUGGAGGUCCCAGUGCGGGUCGUGCGGAUGGAACAGCGCUCUGGUCUGAUUCGUGCUCGGCUAAAGGGCGCGGCACUCUCCACCGGUCAGGUGAUCACUUUCCUAGAUGCCCACUGCGAGUGCACUGUGGGCUGGCUGGAGCCUCUGCUCGCUCGCAUCAAACAUGACAGGAAAACCGUAGUGUGUCCCAUCAUUGACGUGAUCAGUGAUGACACAUUUGAGUACAUGGCUGGGUCAGAUAUGACCUACGGGGGCUUUAAUUGGAAACUGAACUUCCGCUGGUACCCAGUACCUCAGCGAGAGAUGGACCGCAGAAAAGGGGACCGUACGCUGCCCGUCAGAACUCCUACCAUGGCGGGGGGACUGUUCUCCAUAGACAGAGACUACUUCCAGGAGAUUGGGACGUAUGAUGCAGGCAUGGACAUCUGGGGAGGGGAGAACCUGGAGAUCUCCUUCAGGAUCUGGCAGUGUGGCGGGACCCUUGAGAUUGUUACUUGUUCUCACGUGGGUCACGUGUUCCGUAAAGCCACGCCGUACACGUUCCCCGGGGGCACGGGCCAGAUCAUCAACAAGAACAACAGACGCCUGGCAGAGGUCUGGAUGGAUGAGUUCAAGAACUUCUUUUACAUCAUCUCCCCUGGUGUGACGAAGGUGGAUUAUGGUGAUAUCUCGUCCAGGACAGCUCUGAGACAGAAGCUGCAAUGUAAACCUUUCUCCUGGUACCUGGAAAGCAUCUACCCUGACUCCCAGAUCCCACGCCACUAUUACUCACUGGGAGAGAUUCGUAAUGUGGAGACCAACCAAUGUUUGGAUAAUAUGGCCAGGAAGGAGAAUGAGAAAGUAGGAAUCUUCAACUGUCAUGGAAUGGGAGGCAAUCAAGUGUUCUCCUAUACAGCCAAUCAGGAGAUCCGUACAGAUGACCUGUGUCUGGAUGUGUCCAGACUCAAUGGGCCAGUUAUGAUGCUCAAGUGCCACCAUCUGAAAGGCAACCAGCUCUGGGAGUACGACCCUUUGAAGCUGAGCCUGGUGCAUGUGAACAGUAACCAGUGCUUGGACAAGGCUUCCGAAGACGACAGCCAGGUGCCCAGCGUGAGGGACUGCACAGGCAGCCGCUCCCAGCAGUGGCUUCUCCGCAACGUCACGCUGCCCGAGAUCUUCUGAGUGCGCACGCGCGCGCACACAGGGACCGUCCGAGAGGCGCAGGGGCGGGCUCUCCUCCCCGGAGCUCCUCGACACGGAGGGAGAGGGGGGCGGAGAGAGAAGGGAGGAGGAGCUGCUGGGUCAUCUCUGUACUCCUCUUUCACUUUCUGGAGGUGUGGCUUUGAGGCGGCGCCAAAAUCACAGAAGUACAUAUGUAAAUGAAUCUCCCCAUCACUCCAUUUUGCUGAGAGGACGAAUGAAAUGGAAAGAGUGAGUGGGAGAGAAGGAGAGUGGGAGACUCUGCCUCGUGUGCAAAGGAACCUCAGGCUUGUACCACCAUCUUGCUCAGUGGAGCAGGGGGCGGUGUUACAUGUUGGAGCAGAGGGAGGGGUUUAGAUGUUUACAAGGUUGCCUCUCUUAGAAUAUCAGAUUGUGUGCGUGUGCGUGUUUGUUAGUGAGAGACAGAAAAAAAUGUUUGCAUGUGUGCAGGUGGUUACACAUAAGAGUUUCACCUUUGUGUUUGUGUGUGCGUGGUUUUUUUUUUUAUUUAAUACUUUAUGGAAGUAGUGAGCACAUACAGAUGAAACUCUUUGUGUACGUUUUGUGUGUGUGCGUGUGUGCGUGCGUGCGUGCGUGCAUGCAUGUACUACACAUAUCAGGAUGGAUUUUCAUGCAUCUUCGGACACUUCGGUGGUCUGCUCACUGAUUGGCCCAGCUCAGCAGCAUGGGUUCCCCAUACUGGUUAGCCUCAUUUUUCAUAAAACCCUCAAAGAACAGCUGGCCCAAAGAAAGAAAAUCAGUUAAUAUCACCAUGGUAAUGAUCAACAAUCACCAAUCAAUGAAUGGGGUGACUUCAACAGGUUGUCCUUAGUGAACCCAAAACGCAUUUCAUAUAUUCACGUUUUAUGUAGGACUUUUUGUUCAGUUGCUUUUGUUGGACAAGAAGGAUUCAAUCGUCUGGUCUCAUUUAGCAUUCAUGAAUUCAAGGGCUUAGCUGUUUUGUUUAAAUAUGUUUGUGUGUGCACGUGUGUACUAGGCUGUGUAUUAGGCUUUAAUGAAUUAAUGUGGUUUGUUUUUUAUGACUUUUUUUGUACUGUACAAUGUUACUUCUGUCGCAAUUUUAUCUGCACAUCUUUGUUUGAUUAUUUGAAUUCAGUCAUUAAUACAGAUAUCACCAUUGUAUUUUUCUUCUUUACCUCUGUGAAGGCCAAAAGAGAUUCUCCUUGCAUUUGCAUUCUUUUACAUUUCCUCACCAGGCAUUUUAUUGACUUUUUUGUAUUUCCUUUUUAAAAUAUGUUAGUUUAAUGUUUUCCUCUGUGAGCUGUUCUCAUAAUGGCAGCUGCAGAGUCCGUGCACUGCUAAAGAAUUAGCCAUUCAUUCCCCCCCGCCCCCCCCCCCCCCCCCGCUUACACCAAGACCUGCACAAAAGAGAACUGGAAGGUUUUCUCUGGAAUCACGGACCUGUGGCAUGAAGGAGUCUCCAUGUCAGGAGUAAAAGCCUCCCUUAUCGGACAUCACACCGGCACAUUAUUCCCCUCAAAUCACAAAUGGACAGUUAGUUUACACAGAAGUUGUGUGCGUGUGUGUGUGUGUGAGGGCAGCAUGCAGGUGGAUGUUUGUGUUUCUAUCUGUCAGAGAUUUUGUUUUAGCUGACGGAGGGUGUGGCUUGAUGAUUGACAAAUCAGAACACUCUGAGCUGAUCCACAGGUUGGAGAAAUAAACAGAAAGUUUACAGUCGA